GAAUAAACAGAAAACAAAUGAGCUUUUGCUGUCGACUUUCUGACAGGUGAUUUUGAUCAUUUUCUAUGUGAAUUUUUUAUAGUAUAUAGAACAAAAUUAUCAGUUAUUUUUGGAAGAAAUUGGCAAUGGAUGAUAAUGAUACGAAAGAGGAGAAUCAGCCUUCCACAAGUAAGAAAGAGAGUCAGAGGACAAAUUCUGGGAACGACUUGUACGAUGACAGGGGCCACGAUGAACGUGCGUCGAAUAGUGAAAGCUCGGUGUCUGCCACCUACUCCGUGAGGAGUCGAAUAGACAUGGCCGAUGCGAGGCCUGAGGUGCCCAAACCCAUCAUCGGGAAACGCGAACCUAAAGCUCCCGAGAGGAAAAAGAGAGGCAGAAGAGCCACCGGGCGAGUGGUAAAGAGGCGACGCUCGUACGCCCGGCGCCAGGUGCGGAGAGCCCCCAAAAGGAAGCCUCGCCCGAGAGAGGACCGGAAACACCAGCGCGACCUGUCAGUAUCCACGAUAUUCACCAGACUGUCGUCUAGAAGCGGCUCGAGAACUCCCGGCUGCAUACAUUGUGGACACCGCUGCUGCCGCAGAAGAUUCCAAUAUAUUCAGAGGAGGUUUAGAGCAAGACGAUACGGAAUAAGGCAUUACCACACUUACCCGAAUGUACGCAAAAAGAAGAUUGCGAGAGUAAGAAGGUUGAAGAAAAAAAAGGUGGUUAAAAUUGUAAAACCGAAGCCGCCAGCCUACGCGUCAGUUUGUCAACACGUUCAGAUCGGGUCGCGAAGCCAGAUGCUGUCGCCUCUCUUCAUCAACACCAACUCCGCACCACCUGAGGGAGAAGUACCCGAGCUGCUGCUGCCGACGCAUUGCCCGAUAACCCCAGAAAUGAUACACGAAGCGCUCAGGAACCUCACUCUGUGGAGACAAGAAGUCGGGACUUUUGUCAUUAUGGAGUACUUAAGGAGAAAUUAUCCAGUGAAUCCAACGGAGAAUGCCUUGUUAAUAGAACUGAAAGAAAAAUUAAGAGUAGCUGCUAUUGUUGGCUUUGUAGUACAAACCAACGAAGACGUGUGGUGUCUGAACAGUGUGCUGCAGAGACGCAAGCUCGCUGCGACACACGUCUCGCUAUUCUGGCAGGCGUAUGCUGACACCCUCAAUGCCUUCCCUUUCAGAAAAGAACCAGAGCCACCCAAAGAAAAAACAGAGGUACAGACUAACACCGCUCAUGGACGAAGUAGAUAUGGCGACGAUUUGAUAUAGAAAAUGAUUAAAUGAGCUCAUCAUAAUUAUGUUUUAAUUUAUACCUGAAAGGAAGAUGGCCGAUAUUAAUACAGGUGAUGACUGUGUAUGAGAAAUGUUAGACCCGUAUUUUUGCCUUUAUCUCCACUAAAAAACGGACAAGAUAAAACUGCCUCACUGUUUAAGAGAGAUCGUUUGUGACGUAACGACUUCGUAAAAUUUAUAUACAGAAGUCAUCUCAUAUUAUCAAAUUAUGUUUGCAGAACAAAGAAAAAACUAUUUAUCAAUAAUUAUUAUUAACUAAACUAAGUACAUGACAGACGAAGAAAAAAAUGUCAUCAUCCCUAUUAAUUGCUUGCUUGAGAAUAUUUUAGUAUUUUGAAUACAUUUUGUUUAAUGAUCAAAUAGCCACAUAAGACAGUCAGGUCAUUAGUUGCAAUUAAUAAGAGGAGACCUCGCUGCUCGCUCAGAAGAAGAUAGCGGGACAAGAUAUAUUAUUUUACCUUUUAGCAAAACUGGCACCCAUAGACCGGGAUAAGUAGAAGAAGAAACGAAGGUCUUUACCCUUCAAAAGGAUACUUAUGGCUUAAGAUAAUAAUAAUAAGUAGCAAUAUGAAUACCUUAAAUUACGCUUUCUCUAAAGCAGUACUAGGCGGGGUGGAUCAAAGCAAGUCGUGAAUAGAGCGACCACAGAACUACAUUUUACCUACACUAAUGGGAGUAGGAAUUGAUUGGCUAGUUCACAGUCUACUCCGUUUCACUCUACUUGAUUCCUAGUCAGCGAAAUCCCUCUCUAAUGCACUAAGUGCUUUUGCCUAAUUUCAGGAUCCUUAAUUAACUCUAACCCUAAUUCAGACAAGUCUAAUCGUAUUAAGCCUUCCUGAAUAGCAGUUAUCCAAUAUUGGUACUAGCGAAAAGUAACACCAAGUCUGAAAUAACAAAAUGUAAUUUUCUCCAAAUCUUGUUUCUCAACUUCCUGUGGCUUAUAUCCAACAACUGAUUAGUGUUCCAGCCAUUUGUAUUCUGGUCUAGAAUAAAGUCUUCUUAGCCCGCCUUGACCUAAGUACUUCUAAUCCAGAUUGAAAGUUCUGGCGAGCUUGUAGACUGCAAAACUUGCGACGUGUCCGCUAGCCUCGUUACAAUGUAUACCUAACAUGUGUGAUAGAACAACUUGGCUUUUAAGGAAAUGGUUAUCGUCGUAUCUAAUGGAAAUGAAGUUAUGUUUGAUAUUUAAUGAUUUUGGUGUUUUAAUGAGAUAUGUGAAACUUGGAUAUACGUAACAAAUGUCUUCUAAUAAGGAUAUCUGUUACUCUUUCAUGCGAAAACCACUGAACGGAUUUGAACGAAAUUUUGUAUACGGAUAAUUUAUUGCCUGGAAUAACAAAGAGGAUAGUUUUAAUCUCGAUAUUGUGUUCCCAUAUUUUCGAUUUGUAGUGGGCUAACCGCUGCUGGUAAUCCAUACCAAAACUAGUGAUUUCAUGUGGUUUCACCAGCUUUUAUAUCGGUUAGCGUGCAAAAUGUACUUGCACUUCAACAUUGAUAGUUUGCUACAAAAUAUGUUGUGUUCUACUUCAAUUGUAUGCCUUGAAUUUAUAAAAAAGGUCUCGUCUCUUCUUUUUAAAUGUAUUCACAAAUAUUUAGACCUUUUCACUUAUUAUUCCUUACAUCUAUUAAGUUAGACAAAUUCAGUUAGCUACUGAGAAUUUCCUUACCGAAAACGUGAAACACUUUUCCCUUGAUAAUCGAAUUUAAGCCGGUCGGUUGGCGCUUUUAACAUCCACAAAUAUAUUAAGAAGGUCUAAUGUUUUAUGUAAACUAAUCAGCACGGGUCAUUUUUAUUUCCUUUACCAAAUUAUAACAUUAGGUUAAGAGCCUUUUACAUAUUAUUUCAAUCUCUGCGGGCUUGUGAGCGUCAUUUCAGCUGUCCUUGCGGAAGCGAGACAAAGCUACGCGGUGUAGCGCUCGAUCUUGCUUCCACACACGAAACAGUCGUGUUUUGAACUUGUAUUAGAGUCACUGGUUCUCAAACAAAUAAAACCCUUAAAAAAACACUUAGAUUGGGGAAAGUCCUUGCUUAAUGACAAAAGUGUUUGUGUAAAGUAUUUGAGAACAAAUUGAACCUUAAGUACUCGAUGCGAAGGUCGUAGUACUCUCAAUUCGGGGUUGUUUACGCUCCUAAUACCAGCUUUUGAAUGGGAAAGGGAGAUGCUGCUUUACGCAAUGUAGAGCGCUGUCUCACUUUAACCAUCCUGCUCUAGAAUUUUUGGCUCAUGUAAUCUAUGUAUGUUCACAUGUUUCUGUUUUAAAAUAGGUAACCUUUUAUGCUAAUGUAAAAAAGCUUUAAUAAAUUACAUAUAAUUGGUCGGUUUUGGGUCAAUCCCGAAAAAUCGUCAUUUCAUAGAACAUUUUAUGAAUUGUCAUGAGGUUUUUCUUAAAUUGGUCAGAGUGUAGACCUGACAUGACCAAACAUGUUUUGAACAAUAAUUCCAUUGUUUUAAUAAUCUCUUUAGCGUUCUCAAAACAUACCGAAUAACUUAAUAAUUUUGCUUUCUAUUCUAUCAAAUAGCUCUGAUCGAAGAAGGUAAUUUAAUCGGAACACUGUUCAUCUUCAUGGAUCUUUGCGUGGGUUUCUACCAUUUCUCAAUCCCAAGGGAUCCCAACGCAGCAGAAAUGCGGUUUUCUUGUUACGAAAUGAAAGAAUCGUUUAUUUGAAAUGAAAUAACGAUUUUAUGUUGUUCGAAGAUGGUGAGAGCUGUUUUUAAAUAAGAAUGAGCUGAGAAAGCGCUUCGUUGCUUUUGAAAGGAACAACUAUAUUAUCUGAAUUGUUGAUUCUUUUUAAAUUUAAACAGUUUUCUUUUAACUUACCUAAAUAGAUUAUUAUUCUUGGUUCUGUUCAAGAGUUUAAAAAGAACGAGUUCUUGGAGGAAAUACGUAUCAGAUUUUCCGUUUAAUGUAGACGAACCCAAAGGGUAUACAAAACCCUUUUUACUGAGGGUCCGCAGCUGUCUGCCUAUCUGUCACCAAGUUGUAUCUUAUGAACCGUGAUAGACACUUGAAAUUUUCACAUUUUAUACAUGUGACAAAUUACUAACAAAACUUCUUUAGCCCCUAUAUUGUUCAUAUUUUCUUGUACGAUUGCGAGAAAAAAGGCCAUGAAACAUUGAGAACCUAUUGUCUAAUCGAAUUCAAAACCUUUGCUCAGGCAAUCUGCAAACAUCAGACAAAAAAAUAUAGAAGUUUACGUUUUGAACUACAGGGAUGUUAACACUGAUACAUCAUGCAUGUGUGUCGUACCGUCUAAUUAACUGCCUGAACUCAUGUGCUCAAAUAAGGGAGCGUUUUGUUUGAGUUUCAUUUUAAAGAGCAUUUACACUGGUAAAUAUGGGAUUUGGCAUCUAAAUAUUGAUAUAAACAUGGAUGAUAUGAACGGGAUCGGGAUUAGCGUGUUAUUUUCGUGUUUGUUUCCGGAUAGCCCUCUGGUCGUCACGCCAAGCGCACUGCGCGCGAGCGAUGUUUUAUGGGUUCGUUUCUUACGUAGGAAUUGUUUUGAGUCUUAAAAUUCGUAAAGCCCCCGCGAAAUACCGAUGAAGCAUCGAAAAAUAGUGCCAAAUUUGAUUGUUUAAAAAAGAAAAUAAUUUCAAUUUUUGAAUACCAAAUUA